AAAUUGUAUUCUUUUUAUUUGUGAAUUCAUUUAAUUUUUGUAAAACUCCUUACAUUUAAUUGUGGAUCUCAUUCAAUUUAUUUGUGAACCAACUUUCUAUUUGCGAAUCUCUUUCCAUUUGUCUCUGAAUUAGAAACAAUUCUAUCUCCAUUUUUUUCUGGCACUGUUCUUCCUACUGAUUCAGAAUACAUUUUCUCUUGGAGCCGUCGAGAGAAAAUGUAAUCCUCUCAGAAUCAGCUCGGUUCAGAUGUUGUGUGCCAAGUUUUUGCUGUAUUGCUGAAGUACCAUUGGAAUACCAAUGGACAUAUUUUGAGGGGUUUAAACUCGACCCUAACUCCACACCUGUUCACUGCAGGAGCCUCACGUAGUCGUGUAGUUUAUGUCUAGAACACUAGAAGGAGCUGUAUACAUCAGGGACAUUUUACAGCGCAACGGCACCAAUGGAUCCACACUCUGUUGAGAAUAAAAUAAAUCCGAAAAAACAUGGAUUUAUUACCUCAAUAUCUCAAUGAAUAUACUCAAGACUGACUGAUUUGAAGAGAUGGGAAUAUUAAACAUAAGUGAGCAGUCACUCUUGGUCCAGGCAAUAUUCAGCCAGAAUGCAGAAAUGGUGAAAUUUUUAUUGGAACAAAAGGAAGAAGUCAAUGAACUACUAAGAAAGUGGCAUUGCUGCAGCAGUCAUUUAUUCCUUCAGGAUGAAGAGCGUCGCACUGCCCUGCAUGCUGCAGCAUGUGUGGGUGAUGUUCAUAUCAUGGACCUCCUCAUCAGUUCAGGUGCUAAUGUGAAUGCUAAAGAUCAGGAAUGGUUGACUCCUCUGCAUCGAGCAGCUGCCUCACAGAAAGAAAAGGCCGUUGUGCUGCUGUUGAGACAGGGGGCAGAGGUGAAUGCGCAGGACAGGCUCUGGCAGACACCACUACAUGUCGCUGCAGCCAACAGAGCAACAGAGUGUGUUGAUGUUCUGGUUUCUUACCUGAGCAGUCUGAAUGAAGCAGAUCGAUUUGGCAGAACAGCUUUACAUCAUGCAGCCCACAGUGGACAUACAGAGACAGUGACCCUGCUCCUACAUAAAGGGGCCAACCUGAGUGCCAAAGACAUAAAGGACAGACAGCCUAUUCAUUUGGCUGCUUAUCUAGGACAUCUGGAGGUUGUGAUGCUCUUGGUAUCGUGUGGUGCUGAUGUAUCCUGCAGGGAUAAGGAUGGUUUUACUCCUCUACAUGUGGCUGCUUUUAGUGGACACACUGAAUUGGUGCAGUACCUUCUGAGACAUGAGGCAGAGAUUGACGAAGCUGAUGUGUUUGGUAACACUGCUCUUCAUAUGGUUUGUUACGCUGGGCAAGAUACUGUAGCCAGUGAGCUGGUCAGCUGUGGUGCCAGUGUUAACCAGACAAACAUGCGUGGCUGCACACCACUGCACCUGUCUGCUGUCUCCACUGAUGGACUGCUGUGUUUCGAGCUGCUGAUCAAUAAUGGGACAGAUGUUAACUUGCAGAAUAUAGAAGGCAAGAGUCCUUUGCAUAUGACUGCCAUGCAUGGGCGAUUCACCUGUUCCCAGAUACUCAUUCAAAAUGGCAAACGGAUGAAGAUGCGGAGUGCUCAGCGGUCUCCUUCGGAUCUGUUAGAGUGUUUGGUUGAAAACAGAGUAAUCUCAACUCGUCCAGUGAGAUGGAGAUUGUAUGGCCACAGUUUCAAGUCGGACGUUACUUCCUUGUGCCACGAGGUUGCAUCUGAGAGCAGCGAUGAGCUACAUCUAUACACAGUGAACAUAGUUGCUGGAAGCAAAUCCCGGAAGCAUUUCAGAGGUGCAGAAGUGGAAUGUGCUGAUAAAUAUAGUUAUACACCUCUUCACACUGCUGCUAAACAUGGUCAAGAGCUGCUCGUCAGUACUCUCAUGAGUAAUGGUGCAGAUGCGGCCAGGCAGGACAUUAAUGGGAUGUGUCCACUGCACUUGGCUGUGCUUUACGGGUUUUCAGACUGUUGUCACAAGUUACUGUCCUCAGCAGGGUUUGAUAUAAACUCUCCAGACAGCCAGGGAAGGACAUGUUUGCAUAUAGCUGCUUCAGUAGGAAAUAUUGAAUGUCUUAAAUUGCUGUUAAGCAAAGGUGCUGAUUUGAGUAAAAAGGACAAAUUUGGAAGGUCUGCUUUGCACUAUGCAUCAGUGAAUGGCUGGUAUCUGUGUACAGUAGCUCUGGUGAAAGCUGGAGUAGAUGUUAAUGAAGUGGAUGUGAAUGGAUGCAGUGCCCUGCACUAUGCAGCUGCCACUCAGACAUCACACAGAGCUGAGCAGAACUGUCCUGACAGUGUCUCCAUGGGUGACAACGAUGAAGAAACUCUGUGGUGUUUAGAGUUUCUGUUGGAUAAUGCUGCUGAUCCAGCACUGCGUGACAGUAAAGGAUUUAGUGCUGUUCACUAUGCAGCUGCCCACGGCAACAAGCACAACCUAAAACUGCUCUUAGAGAUGUCUUUCAGAUGUGUGGAACAAGUGGAGAGCUGUGUUCCCGUGGGUCCUUUACACUUGGCUGCGUAUAAUGGUCACAGUGAAGCUCUUGAGGUGUUGUUAGAGAUGCUGGUGAAUGUAGAUGUGCAAGACUCUGGGGGUCGCACAGCUCUGUAUGUGGCCUCUUUGAGAGGUCACAGCCCUUGUGUGGAGGUGCUGCUGGUCCACGGGGCCUCGUACUACAUGAGGGAACACAGCCGCAGAUGGACACCUCUACAUGCUGCAGCAGCCAAUGGCCAAACUGACUGCCUGCUCAUGCUGUUGAAAAAAGCUGAAAAAACUGACAUCAUCAACCUCAUGGACAUACAGGGACAGACUCCACUGAUGUUGGCUACACUUGGCUGUCACAUUGACUGUGUCCACAUGCUGCUUGAAAGAGGAAGUAAUCCAGACACUGGAGACAAAAGACGCUGCACUGCACUACAUCGAGCAGCAGUAAUUGGUAGUGAAGAGUGUGUCUUGGCUCUUCUGGUUCAUGGAGCUUUCGUCCUGUGCAGGGACAUUCAUGGUAGAAGUCCUUUGCAUUUGGCAGCCUCUUGUGGUCAUGCAGGGUUACUGCGGCGCUUACUGGAGGCAGCAUCUGUCUCAGACCCACUUGACUCUCUGCUGGACUACACUGGCUACACACCUGUUCACUGGGCAGCUUACCAUGGGCACAAAGACUGUUUGGAAGUUUUACUUGAAUAUAACACAUCAAGUAUCUGGGAAGGAAAUUCAUUCACGCCAUUACAUUGUGCACUAAUUAAUGGUCAUUAUGGAGCUGCAGAAUUGAUGGUUGAAACUAUGGCAACAAUCAUUAACCUCAGAGAUGCUAAAGGAAGGACUCCACUGCAUGCAGCUGCUUAUGCGGGGAAUGUUGCAGCACUGCAGUUGGCAUUGACCUCCAGCUCAGAUGUGAACUUAGUUGAUUGUACAGGACGCACUGCAAUAAUGGUUGCUGCUGAAAAUGGCCAUACCUCUGCUGUUGAUGUGUUGCUUCAUCAGGCCAGAACAGACUUGUCAUUGCUGGACAUCAACAGAAACACAGCACUUCAUAUUGCCUGUAGAAGAGGCCAUGAAAUGUGCGCUCUUCUCAUUCUGGCUGAAAUUGAUGACCCCUUACUCAUCAACACAUCAAACAGUGCACUACAGACGCCGCUGCAUUUAGCAGCAAGAAAUGGUCUUGUCACUGUGGUUGAGGUUCUGCUAACUCGAGGUGCAACAGUUCUGGCUGUAGAUAGGAAUGGUCAUACUCCAGCGUUGGCGUGUGCACCCAAUAAAGAUGUGGCAGACUGCUUGGCUCUCAUCAUUUCCACCAUGAAGACUUUUUCUGCUAAACCCUCUACUGGCAGCAGCUGUGGCCUUAGUCUGAGGAAGCACUUUAGCAUUGCUGCAUCCCAUCAGUCUAAUAUUACCCUGCAGCAUACAGCCUAUACAACUUAUACAGAGGAACUAUAAAGCUGGAGUCACCUUCACUAACUGCCCUGCGCUACAUUUCCCAAAAGCAUCGUAAGCCAAAAUAGAUCAUAAAAACCAUUGGCACCAACGGUCUCGAAGAUCAACUUAUGCUUGCAAUGCUUUUGGAAAAUGCAGCCCUGUUCUGUUACAACACGAUUUCAUCCUUACAGUACAACUUGGUGUUAUUAAAAAGUCACUUCUGCUUUACAAUUAUACAGUAUACAUUGACAGUAACACAUUAAUCUACGGGCCCAUGUGUGAGAACCAUGUGUGUUUGUUUUCAUACUGCAAACAUUUAUUUGUUAUUAAGCCUGUUUUAUAUGUAGUGACAUUUCACUUUUGUAUCAAACUACUAAUGAUAGAUUUCCUGGCUUUCUUUGGACCCUCAAAUCUCUGAAGAGGCAAAGUAAAACAUUAAAUGAGAAAUAGCAACAGAUUUGAAAGACAUCAGUUGAACCUUUGAAGAUCAGUAUUUUUGGAGUUUGUCAAAAAAUAGGUGACUUGAAUUGUAACGUGUAACAAAGCUGCUACACUACUCUAAUAUAAUUGUUUCAAUUGAACAAACUUGUUUUAUAUAAUAAAUACAUGAAUUUGGGCCUGGGUAGCUCAGCAGAGUAUAGACGCUGACUACCACCCCUGGAGUCGCAAGUUCGAAAACAGGGCGUGCUGAGUGACUCCAGGCAGGUCUCCUAAGCAACCAAUUGGCCCAGUUGCUAGGGAGGGUAGAGUCACAUGGGGUAACCUCCUCGUGGUCGCUAUAAUGUGUUUCUCGCUCUCGGUGGGGCACGUGGUGAGUUGUGCAUGGAUGCCGUGGAGAAUAGCGUGAUGUCUCCGCGGUUACGUGCUCAACAAGUGACAUGAUAAGAUGCGUGGAUUGACUGUCUCAGAUGCGGAGGCAACUGAGAUUCAUCCUCCGCCACCCGGAUUGAGGCGAGUCACUACGCCACCACGAGGAAUUGGGCAUUCCAAAUUGGGGAGAAAAGGGGAGAAAUAAAUAAAUACAUGAAUUAAAUUAUUUUAUAACCCCAGUUCCAAAAAAGUUGGGACAGUAUGCAAAAUGCCAAUAAUAAAAAAGGAGUGAUUUGUAAAUUUAGGCUACUUUGAUUUUUAUUCAAACAAAAACAGUAUAAACACAAGAUACUUCAUGUUUUACCUAAUCAACAGCAUUGUUUUUUAAAGAUAUAAGUUUAUUCUGAAAUUGAUGCCAGCAACACAUUCAAAAACGUUGAGACAGGGGCAAUUUAGGACUAAUAACAGUCUGACGAGUUGAAAUAUCAAGGUGAUGAGAAACAGGUGAUGUUAAACAAGAGAGGCAAUCAUGUUAUGGUAUAUAAGAAGCCUCCAAAAAAAGCCUAGUCCUUCAAGAGCAAGGAUGGGUUGAGGCUCACCAAUUUGCCAAAAGAUGCAUCAGCAAAUAAUCCAGUGCUUUGAGAACUAUAUUCCCCAAAGACAAAUUGGAAUGAUUUGGGCAUUUCACCCUCUGAAGUGCACAAUAUAGUCAAAAGAUUUAAGGAAUCCAGUCAAAUUUUGGUGUGUAAAGGGCCAGGCCGAAAACCAUUUUUAAAUGUACGUGAUCUCCAAUCCCUCAGACUGCACUGUUUUAAAAACUAUUAUGCGUCUUUAAUGGUUAUCAUGACAUGGGCUCUGGAAUACUUCGGUAAACCUUUGUCAGUCAACACCAUUCGCCGGUGCAUCCACAGAUGCUAGUUAAGGUUUACAAUGCAAAGCAGAAGCCAUACAUCAAUGCUGUCUAGAUGCGCCACCAAAUUUUCUGGGCUUGAAAAGUAGAACAGUGGAAUCGUGUUUUGUGGUUCGAGUCAACAUUUCAAAUAGUUUUUGGAAAAAACAGCUAACGUGUUAUUCGGGCCAAAGAGGAAAAGGACUAUCCAACUGUUAUCAGUGUCAGGUUCAAAAGCCAGUGUCUGUCAUUGUAUGGGGAUGUCAGUGCCCAUGGCAUGGGUAACUUGUACAUCUGUGAAGGCACCAUUAAUGAAAUAGUUCACCCAAAAAUU